GCCACUCCCUCAAACACAUCCAAAGAAGACCUUUUUGAUAUAUAUAAAUGGUCAAACUCAUACCAUAAACCCCACCUAUUAACUAUGGCCGAUCCACUCUCCAUAGCCACUGGGGUUACGGGUUUGCUCUCAUUUGGCAUCCAAAUCUCCGAGUCUCUGCUGAAAUUCUACCAGGCAUACAAAAGCCAGGACAAGAAUAUCUCGCACACAGCAAAUAAACUCGAAAACCUUCUCACCAUGCUUCAAUCCCUAGAGACCACCCUAAAGACUCGAAGAUUCCAAUCCGAUGAAAAAGACCUGGUCCAGUCUGUUAACCGCUCGAUCUGGGACUGUGAAGAGAUCAUCACCGAGCUCCAGGAGGAAGGGAAGAAGUAUGACCGAGCUGUUACCAGCGGACUCGACGGAUUCAAGGAGACUGUUAAACUAGCCGGUCGUCGGGCAGCGCAUCCAUUUCGGCAGAGCACUCUGCAGAAACUAGACGAAGAUAUCAGCGAGAUACGAAACAAUGUCGCGGUAGCGCUUAACAUCUUGCAAUUGGGCGAUCAGAAGGUCAUCCACGACGAUCUCACGGAGUUAAAGUCGCUCGUUGAACAUAUCCAGGAACACCAGAUCUCGUCCACCGUUCGGCAGUGGCUCAGGGCACCUGAUCCCACGGUGAAUCACAACAGCCUGCGGACCAAACACCAUACCGGCUCGGGGAUGUGGUUUGUGAGAGGAGAUGCGUUUCAGACAUGGUUGGCGCAGGAGAACUCUUUCCUGUGGCUGAAUGGGUUCGCAGGGUGUGGCAAGUCGGUUCUCUGUUCCACCGCGAUCCAGGAGACUUUUUUUCAAAGACACCAUCAUAUAGGCGUGGGGAUUGCGUUCUUCUACUUUACGUUCAGCGACGAAGCGAAGCAGGAUGAGUCAGGGAUGAUCCGGGCCCUAUUGUUGCAACUAGCAGGACAACACGAAGACUGCCAGGCAGAUCUUACCAGUCUCUACUCAACGUACCAGUCGCGGACACCUCCACCCGAAGUACUGAUGGAGUAUCUUCAGCGCAUGGCUCGGAGGUUUGAGCAUGUGUAUAUCCUGCUGGAUGCAUUAGACGAGAGCCCUCGGUAUGAGAAGCGAGAGGGGAUCUUAGCUGUGCUGCAGACAAUGAGACAAUGGGGAUUGGCGGGCCUGCACUUGUUAGUCACGAGUCGCGAUGAGCCCGACAUUCGAAGAUCUUUUAGUCCGUUGUCUGACGAGGAGAUUAUUCUGCGAAAUCAGGAAAUUGACGAGGAUAUCCAGAAUUACAUCGCCUUUGAGCUGAAGUCCAAUAAAAAUCUCCAGAGGUGGCGAGGUUAUCACGACCAUAUCCAACAAGCACUGAACCAUCGUGCCCAAGGGGUGUAAGCACACGCGACAAGAAACCUCUUUUCUGACACCUGGCUAAAAUGAUAUAAGCUUCCGAUAUGUGCAAUGCCAAUUCCACGCCCUUCAGCGAUGUCCCCGAACAAAAAGCCAUCUUCACAGGUGUCUCCAGUCGCUACCCCGAGGCCUAGACGAGACAUACGAGCGGAUACUCUGCAGCAUCGACGAAAGCUGCAUUGACGAUGCGCGACGAAUCCUGAACCUUCUCUGCUUUUCAAAUCGACCACUCACAGCAGCAGAGCUGAUCCACGGAUACGCAGUCGAC